AUGGCAACCAGAUCAAUUCCUAGACUUGAACAAUCUUCAAGCGCUUUGUUUUUGUGUGAUAUUCAAGAACGUUUUACAAAAGCAAUUCAUGAAUUCGAUAAUAUGGCAAAAGCAUCUUCAAAACUUUUGAGGGGCGCUCAAAUCUUGGAGAUCCCAGUUUUCACAACUGAACAAAACUCGAAAGCUCUUGGAUCGACGGUAGACGUUCUCAAGAAAGAUAUCCCAGAAAAUUCCACAAUCGUUGACAAGACCCGAUUCAGUAUGGUAUUGGACGAUGGAACAACAGAUAAAUGGCUACGCGAUCACAAAGUUCAAAAUGUGAUGAUUGUCGGAAUUGAGAGUCACGUAUGCGUCUUACAAACGACAUUGGACUUGCUCAAGAAAGGCUUCAACGUUUUCAUCAUUCGUGAUGCAAUCUCUUCUUGUAAUAAACAAGAAGUUCCACUUGCCAUCGAAAGAAUGCGUUUGGCUGGCGCUACAAUCACAACAUCCGAAAGCGCUCUGUUUGAACUGAUGCUAGAUUCAAAACAUCCCCAUUUCAAAGCUAUCAGUGGGCUAAUCAAGACGGAAAAGGACAGUACAAAAGCCGCUCUUGAAGCACUCACAUCACGUAUUUGA